UCCGCGUCGGGGCUCGCGCAGGUCUCCCACGCGCCGGGCCCGUAUUGGCGCCGCCUGUCCGUCGAGCAUGGGGCUGCCUCGGAGGGCGGGGAAUUCGGCGGAGAUGCGUAAGAGCCUGAAGCCUCUGUUGGAGAAACGCCGCCGCGCGCGCAUCAACGAGAGUCUGAGACAGCUCAAGGGGAUCAUUCUGCCGCUGCUGGGCAGGGAGAGCUCCAGCGACUCGAAGCUGGAGAAGGCGGACAUCCUGGAAAUGACCGUGCGCUUCCUGCAGGAGCUGCCCGCGUCCUUCUGCCUGGAGGCGGCGCCCACGCCCUCCGACAGCUACCGCGAGGGCUACCGUGCCUGCCUGGCGCGCCUGACCCGCGUGCUGCCCGCCUGCCGCGUCCUGGAGCCGGUCCUGAGCGCUCGCCUGCUGGAGCACCUGCGGCGGAGGGCUGCCGGCGCCACCCCCGACGGCGGGAGUGCUGCGGCCGCCUGCGGCCCGCCCUCGCCCUGUUCGCCGCCGGCCCCCGGGCCCUUGCCGCCUGCGCCUCCCCGCGGCCCCAGCUUCUGGCGGCCCUGGUAG